AUGAAAGGGAAGUGGAAGUCGAGCAACAAAAAGAAGAAAAAUGAAGUGUUACAGAAGUACAGGGUGGCUGUGGACGAAUUCAUUAAAAGCAAAGGCGGCGCAGACGAAGAAAAAGAAGAAGAGAGUGAUCGUGGUCUCAGGUUUGUGAAAAAGAAAAGCAGAAAGGAGCUCCGCAAAGAAAAGAGAAAGAUGAAAAAGGUCAAAAUGAAAAGUCACUACGAAGGCAAAAAAGAUAUUCCUGUGCCGCAUGUUGAGGGAGAAAACUCUGCGACAAAAGAUGAUAAACGAAAGAAUAAGAAGAAGAAAAGGGGUAAAUCAAAGACGGAAGCGUCAGAAAUCCCUGUUGAUCCUCCUCCGGGCAGCUCAAACAAUAAUAAAAAACCAUCAUCUUCUAAGAAGGGCAAGAAGGUGAACAGGCUUCAGGAAUCCAGAAAAAUGGCGCUUAAAGAAGCAAAUGAACAAGAGGACAGAGAAAUAAAGAAGCUGGAGAGACAGCUUGGAUUAAACAAGAGGAAAAACAAGCAAAGUCUCCCACAGUCCUUUGUAACUGAUGGACUUGAUUACAUCCUGGGUGUGCUGGACUCUGCUUCAUCAGCAGCAGGAAUGUAUGAUGGCGAUGAUGAUGAAGAUGAUAUGGACAUGGCCAGGGAGAACUUUAAAAAGCUUGAUGAGAGUGACUCUCAGCCUUCAGAUGAAGAUGAAGAGCCUGAGGAUGAGAUGAUGAGUGAUGGCAGUGAAGAUGAGGAGGAUGAGGAUUCAGAUGAAGGGGAAGAUGCGGAUGAAAUGGUUGAAGAAGAGGAGGAGAUGGAAGACAUGGAGGACGAUCAUGCUGCGCCUAAUGACAGUCAUGAGGCUGAAUCGGAAGAUGAAAACCAACAGGAAGCAGAUGAUCCUGACACAAAAACACCAGAAACUGCCACCUCUGCAAAGUACGUGCCGCCUCAACUACGAAAUGUCGGAGAUGAUAAACGCAAAGCUGAGCUGGAAAAACUGAAAAGGAAUGUGAAGGGCCUGGUGAACAGGCUGAGCGAGUCCAACAUGGCCUUCAUCUGCGGUCAGCUGGAGGAGCUGUACAUGACCUGCAGCAGGAAGGACAUGAGCGACACGCUGACGGAGCUGCUGCUGGCUGCCUGCGUCACCCCGAGCCUGAUGCCGGACAGACUACUGAUGGAGCACGUCCUGCUUAUCAGCGUCCUCCAUUACGCUGUGGGGCUGGAGGUGGGGGCUCACUUCCUGGAAACAGUGGUCCGACAGUUUGAUGAGCUUUACAAGAACCAAGAUGGUGAUGGCAAAGAGUGUGACAACCUGGUCGCCAUCAUUGCGCACCUUUACAACUUUCAAGUGGUGCACUGCGCCCUCAUCUUUGACAUCCUGAAGUUGCUGGUGGGAACGUUUUCGGAGAAAGACAUUGAGCUCGUUCUCUUCCUGCUGAGAAACGUCGGCUUCGCCCUGAGGAAGGACAACCCUUUGGCUCUGAAGGAUCUCAUCUCCGACGCCCAGCGCAAGGCCAACGACGCGGGGUCGAAGUUUCAGGAUCAGACGAGGGUGCGAUUUAUGCUGGAAACUAUGCUGGCUUUGAAAAACAAUGACAUGAGGAAGAUCCCUGGCUACAAUCCCGAACCUGUGGAGAAACUGAGGAAGCUGCAAAGGACGCUUAUCCAGCGAAGUGACGGAGGCAGGGACAUGAAACUCAGGGUGUCUCUGGAAAACCUCCUGGCUGCAGAGCAGGUGGGACGCUGGUGGAUCGUGGGCUCGUCGUGGAGCGGAGCACCCAUGAUCAGCAAGCAAGGGGACACACAUCCUAAACAGAGCACCGCUGAAGGACAGUUCAGCGCCAAAGUUUUAGAGCUGGCGAGGAAGCAGAGGAUGAACACUGACGUGAGAAGAAACAUCUUCUGUGUGCUCAUGACCAGUGAAGACUACCUGGAUGCGUUUGAGAAGCUGCUGAGAAUGGGUCUGAAGGACAAGCAGGAGCGAGAGAUCGUUCACGUCCUGAUGGACUGCUGCCUGCAGGAGAAAAGCUUCAACGCCUUUUACGCCGUGUUGGGGGAGAAAUUCUGCUCUCACGACCGCCGCUUCCAGAUGACUUUCCAGUUUAGUAUAUGGGACAAGUUCAGGGAGCUGCCCAACCUUUCCAGCAGCACCUUUAACAAUCUGGUCCAGCUGGUGACAUGCUUCCUUCAGAAGAAGUGUCUCUCGCUCGCCAUACUCAAGGUCAUAGAGUUUGGAGAGCUGGAUAAGCCCACCGUGCGCUUCCUGCGGCAGGUUUUAACCAAACUGCUGAAAGAAACCGAGCCCGAGGAGCUGGCCGGCAUAUUUGGAAGGAUUUCAGGAAUUCCCAAGCUCGGAAUGCUGCGGGAAGGCUUGAAGCUUUUCAUCAGCCACUUCCUCCUGAAGAGCGGCCAGUCCCAGGGACCAGCUGAGCAAGCAGCGGCGCUGUCCGAGCGCGCCCAGGUCGCUACCAAAGCCAUGGAGGCCAAGGAGGCCGGGCUCAAGCUGUAAAACGGCCCAGAGUGUGUACAGACUGCCCCGAACACAAAAACAUUUGCUGAUUUUCAUAUUUGUCUCAAGACGCUCUUGUAUAUAGUUAACAUGAAGAUAUUUUAAUAUUUUCAGCGGAUGAAUGAAUUCCUUUACACUCACCCAGGUGAGCACUUUGUACAGUACUUUCAUGCUCUUUAAUAAAUAUUGAGCUUAACCUCAACGCCGACUUAACAGCA